AUGAAAUUAGCUCACCAGAAUAAUACAACGAACUUGUCGUCUGUUCCUCGUCUAGGUAUAUUUGAUCAAUUAACAGAUUAUACUUUGGGUCUCAUCGAUGGAUUACAACCAGAAUCAUCAGUAAAGGAAACCAUUGGUAAUGUUGUUUUUAAUGUUCAUCAUUUUACUCAAUUUCUCUUCGAUGGUAAUCACGUAUACAUAUAUAGUCCAAAGAAAAAUGAAGAAAAUACUCAUGAACCUCAAAAAUGGACAUUUUUCUAUGUACCUAUUUUACAACCAGUACAAUCAUCAUUAAUUUUACCUUGGGUGUCAAUUAAUAAGCUUGAAGUACGUGUUCGUCUUGCUCUAGGCUCAUCCAGAGUAGAAGAAGCUGCACGUCAAGCUAUUAGUAAUCAAUUGGAUCGCGAAAUAACUCAAAAGUAUUCAAAAUCAUGGGUCAUUGCUCCAUUAAUGCUUGAUUCUCUUUCAGCUUAUAUUGUUACAGUAGGUUCAAUACCAGUUCCAGGUGUCGUACCAUUUCAUAUUGAUAAUCCAAAUUCUAAUACUAUUACUUUUCGUUUUGUUUGUGUAACUAAAGAAGCUGCUCUAGCUGUUGCUGCUGGUUUACUUAUUGGAGAUUUUGAUAUUGAAGUUUCACUUCAUUUUUCUGGUAUGCAUCGUGUUCGAAUGAAUAUGAUGACGAUUACAUCUACUCAAUUUCAAUCAGUUUUAACUAAAACAAUAGCAGAUGGAGGUGGAACAAAUUCAACAUAUAUUCAUCGUGAUCAAGCAUCAAAUUUUCUUGCAAAAUAUAUGACUAAUGUUAAAAAAAUUAUUUAUAUUGAAGAUUCAAAUGUUAAUACAUCGAUAUUAUCUCAUGGUUUACAAGAACAACUUAGUACUCUAUUUCAAGAUGGUAUUACCAAUGCUAAAGAAAUAUCUAUUCAAGCUGAUGCUUAUGGUCAAAUAUGGCAAUCAUCUGAUCUUAGUCCUGAUCGUAUAACUAAUGAGAUGAGUAACAUAUUUACAUUUAAUAAAACUGAAACAGAAAAACAUAAUAAUAAACAGAAUUACUAUUCAAUAAAUCAACGUAAAGAUUGUCCUCUACCAAUGUAUAUUCAAUUAGAUGCAUGUAUAAGAAUACUUCUUAUAACUUGUAAUACUAAUAGAAAUGAAGGAUAUGAACCAACUUCAUAUAGUGCUGUUUCAGAAUCAGAUAUUCAAAAAGCUGCUUCACAAGUAUCUAUAGAAGGUAUUUGGGAAGGUACAAAAUUUAUACCAAAAUCAUUUCAAGUUUACAAACUAAUCGAUAUAGUAAAUCGAUUAGAGGUAGCCGUUAUUGCUAAGCAACUUCUAGCUGAAAAAACAAAUGGAGCUGUAAUUCGAAGAGUCAGUGCUACGACAUCAUUAUCGAAUGUAUUGAAUCUUUUUACAUCAUUAGAUAAUGCAACCCUAUUUGAAUCAUUAGAAAAUACAAGUAUUCUUUCAUUAUUAAACAAUGCAAAUUUAUUUACAUCAUCCGAUGAUGACAAUUCAGUUACAUCUACAAAUAACCAGAAUUCUCUUAUCGGUGAAAUUAAACUUUAUGCCGGUUCGUCUCCUCCUCCUGCCCCAUGGCUUCUAUGUGAUGGUUCGAUUGUUUCACGUUCAGAAUAUCCACAACUUUUCUCCGUUAUCGGUACAAAAUAUGGCAGAGGGAACAAUUUAAAUACUUUUCAAUUACCUGAUCUACGUGGUCGAGUACCUAUUGGAGUUGAUGUUGAACAAUUACGUAUUAAUGAUGCCAAAGAUAUUGGUAUAUCUGGUGGUCAAUCUACUCAUACAUUAACAGUCGAACAAUUACCAUCACAUACACAUGAUUCAGGUACAUUAGAAAAUACAUACAAUGGACAACAUACACAUUCGAUACAUGAUCCUGGUCACAAUCAUGGUGGUUUUACUAGUACAUAUGCAGUUCCAUCUUCAUUUACAAAUGAUUAUGGAGAAUACAAUUAUAAAAUGAGUGGUUAUCGACAAUGGCAAGCAUAUACAAUUCCAACAUCAUUAACUCAAAUUUCACUUUAUUCCAAUGGUAAUCAUACUCAUCAAUUAACAGGUCAUUCAGGUACAGUUGGAGAAGAUAAAUCAUUUUCGAUUUUACCUCCAUUUCAAACAUUCUAUUAUGUCAUUUAUGCUGACUAA